CUUCUCAGUCUUGCAAACUAAUUGCUUAUAGGCUGAGAAGUCCACAGUGCGUCACGACGCCAUCCAGCUCUCAGUUUUAUCCCCCUUCUCCCUCUCUCUCCCCUCACUCAGGCGGUGUCAGUCAUCCGCGAUGCUGGAGAGAGAGCCCGGGUCCGCGCGAAACAUGUCUGGGAUCACCGCUAAUGACGCUUGUAAUGAGUGUUUAACAUCAGCGCAGCAUUUGAACUCCACGGAAAUUUACUCACAUUCACAUAUUGAUGAAGAUGAUGAACUUCUCAAGUACAUCUGGAGGGAAUAUUUGCAUCCUAAACAAUAUGAAUGGGUGCUCAUAGCUGGAUAUAUCAUAGUUUUCCUCGUAUCUCUAGUCGGAAACACCUUGGUUUGUUUUGCAGUUUGGAAAAACCAUCACAUGCGCACAGUAACCAACUACUUCAUCGUGAACCUGUCCUUCGCAGACAUCCUGGUCACAAUCACAUGUCUUCCUGCAAGUCUUGUGGUGGACAUUACAGAAACCUGGUUCUUCGGACAGACCCUGUGUAAGAUACUACCUUACUUACAGACAAUCUCUGUGUCUGUAUCGGUUCUGACACUGAGCUGCAUUGCCCAAGAUCGCUGGUAUGCUAUCUGCCACCCCCUGAAGUUCAAGAGCACUGCCAAAAGAGCCCGCAAGAGUAUUGUUCUGAUUUGGCUGGUUUCCUGUGUGAUCAUGAUUCCACAAGCCAUAGUCAUGGAAUGCAGCAGUCUGCUCCCAGAGCUCACCAACAAAACCAACCUGUUCACCGUGUGUGACGAACAGUGGGCAGAUGAAAUCUACCCUAAAGUGUACCACACCUGCUUCUUUAUUGUCACUUAUUUUGCUCCAUUAUGUUUGAUGGUCCUGGCAUACAUUCAGAUCUGUCACAAACUCUGGUGUCAACAGAUUCCUGGAACAUCAUCGGUGCUUCAAAGAAAAUGGAAGUCACUGCAGUGUUCCGCCCAUGCUGUAGGCUCGGGAGAAUCAGUGAAAGUAAGAACCAGCACCGUCUCAGCAGAGAUCAAACAGGUGAAAGCCCGACGGAAGACAGCACGCAUGCUGAUGGUGGUGCUGUUUGUGUUUGCACUCUGUUACCUGCCCAUCAGUGUUCUCAACAUCAUGAAGAGAGUAUUUGGCGCUUUUAAGAACACAGACAACAGAGAGACUGUCUAUGCCUGGUUCACCUUCUCACACUGGCUUAUAUAUGCCAACAGUGCCGCCAAUCCAAUUAUCUACAAUUUCCUCAGUGGUAAAUUUCGAGAGGAGUUCAAAGCAGCGUUCAUCUGUCAUUGCCCUGGCAGAGAUGAGCCACACAAGGAGAGAGUCAGAGCGAGAACCAGCACAGAUAGCCGCAAAUCCCUGUCUACCCAAGUAAACAAUUUUGACAACAUCUCCAGAAUAUCUGACCAGGCUGUGUAGCUCCAUCAUGAGAAGGGUUUACUGGGUUAAUCCUACGGGGUGCCACUUCACUAGUCACAAAUGCCGACUAGAAGAACACAGACGUGCCAUAUGUUAUGACCUGUGAGACUUACGGAUGAAAGGAUUGAAUAGACCUGAAUAGACUUUUUUAAAAUGACAUUGUGUCUAGCAUAAGAGCGCAUGAACCUUCAGCUCUCCACAACAGGAGACCUACCCCAUAAUCCCCAGAGAUGAUGUGCAUGAAAAUAAUGGCAUGUCUCUCAAACACACUGCUGAUGUGAGAUGUGUUCUUAAACUCAAGAAAGAAAGGCAAUGAAGGGAAUAGGGAAGCAAAAAAAAAAAAAAG